UUUGACGUAAGAGGUUACUGUCUUGUUGUCUUGUUACGUCUUGUCUCUUGAUCGAAGAAAAUAAUUUGGUUAGCUCGUGGUUCUUCGACGCUUGCUCGAAAAUGUACCAAAAACUCGUAGGUUCCACGGCUCUAUUAAUGAUGAUGGGAAUGAACGUCCUUAUAGCCACCGAUUGGUUGUGGGGAUCGCACGAUCCAUUUGGUCCAUAUCCGAGAAUACCGAAUAAAGAUUUGGUGAAGAGAGAAGUUGCAUUUGCAGAGGAGUGCAGGAAAUUUAUCACUGCGCCUAAAGACGCAUGGGAAUAUCAUUAGAGGAACUCUAUUAACUUUUAUUGUACAGUGAAUAUGUAUGUGUUUUUUCC